AUGCUCUACAGAAUCUUAGGUGCUAUUUACCUCUCCUCACUCGACCCGCUAACUAGCGGAGAAGAUUUGAAGGCGAAGUAUGGAAUUACCCACAUUCUCUCUGUUCUUCCUGGAACCAUACCAUCUCAGUAUACUGAGAAUUACAUACACAAGCAGAUCGAAAUAACCGACGAAGAGUCUUCGAAUAUACUCCAAUUUUUACCAGAAACGAACUCCUUUAUUGAAGCUGCAUUAUUUCCACCAGCUGUGUCUACCUCUAGAUUCGAAUCGGGCACCAAUGCACCACCAAACAAGAUUCUCGUACACUGUGCACAGGGAGUCUCAAGAUCUCCUACAGUCAUCAUGGCGUACCUUUUGCAAAAGUACAGGUUGACUUUUGAGCAAGCGCUUCACGCCCUUAAGAGAAAGAACCCUGCAGUGGAACCAAACGACUCAUUCAUCAACCAAAUCAAAUUGUUCAAGAAGAUGCUCGAUCUUAAAUUGGAUCAGUCAUCAAAGUUGUAUAGGCAAUUUCUCGUGGAAAUAACUCUCUUGCAAGAUCCAACGGGAGAGUCUCUCAAGGAGUUGAACUUAUUCAAGAAGAAUGCUCAGCUGACUCACAAUACCUCACCAUCGACCAUAAAGUAUAGAUGUAAGAGGUGCCGUCACGUUCUUGCAACUAACCACAACGUAGAAUACCAUGACCAACCAACAGAAGACUCGCACCAGUCUAAGUUUAUCAAGAGAGGACACACGAAUAGAAUUAUCUCUGUGGAACAGGGAUCCACCACCUGUUCUCACCAUUUCCUUUCUGAGCCGUUGGACUGGAUGAUGGCUGAAUUGGACAAAUCUGAGUUAGAAGGUAAGUUUAACUGUCCGAACGACAAAUGUGGAGCAAAGAUUGGCGCUUAUUCUUGGAGAGGAUCUAGAUGCUCGUGUGGGAAGUGGGUAAUCCCUGCUUUCCACUUACAAAGUAAUAAAGUAGAUGAAGUUAAGGUUUUGGAACGUGCGCCCAAUGUUCCCACAAGUAUAUAA